AGCAAAAGGGGCUACACGCAACGAUGAGGCUGCCACUAAAAUUCAAAAAGGUAAUAAGGAACGCUCCGAAAAAGAUUUUGAUGUUGAAUACUUUGAUGCCAGUGAAACACCGUCUGAAGCGGAGGAGCUGUUUGAAUCUGCACGCAAAGAAGAGGCACUUGCAGCUGCUCGUUUAGCGGAAGUGGAGCAAAUUACCCAAAUGGAGGACGAUUAGACAAAAACCAAAAAUUUAAACAAAAAACAACUAGAGAUGGUUACAGGAUGUCCUUUAGAAUAAGACAAUUUCUAAAACUUUUGCACCGUGCUUCAAUUUUAAUAACUUCAAUCUGCUUUUCAAGUUUAAGUUAUACUCAUAACCAAGCUGCAUA